GCGAGCGUCACUUUGGAAACUCGGGAACUCACGGAUUCUCGUGCUAAACCGACGACCUCCUUUUCUCAUUACUGAAGUUCUUGUUGUCGGAUUGCAACCGUGGGACACACAGAGGAGAGAGAGAAGGGGAAGUCAGGAGGGAAGUAAGACCGGGUGAGUUUGGCGCAGACAGCUGUGUAUUAGCAGGUAAACUGGGGUCCAAGGUGCGCACUGAGCCGCCUAUGAUACCAACAACACGGAUGGAAAGAACUUUAAUGUGGAACCCUCACAGAGUUUUGCAACGGAGGCUGAGAGUAGAGACAGACUGGCAGUUUAUAUUAUAACUUAGAGGAGGCCAAAGGGACAGAUCAGACCUCAGUCAGCCGACACUACGCGCUUCACUGUAGGGAUAAACAGGAACAAGGACCCGACAGGUAGCUAGAGCUGAGCAUUUAGGAACAGGCCUUGCACCCUCUACGCACCUGGAGGCCUGUGUGUGUGUGAAGGAAGAUGUCCAGAGAAGAGCAGAGUUUAUCGGAGGUUGAGCUCAGUCCCGGGAUGUCGGACGACAGCCGCUCCCAGUCACCGGGUCACUCCUCCGGUGCGGCUGGCGGGGGGGACUCACCUCUCCACGGGCAGCAGCAGCCGCGGCAGCUGGCGGGUCUGGACGACAGGACGGGGGGCUGCUCGUCCGUCAAAUCCGACGACGAGGACGACCGCUUUCCCGCAGGGAUCCGUGACGCGGUGAGCCAGGUCCUCAACUGCUACGACUGGACCCUCGUGCCCAUGCCCGUGCGCGUGAACACCGGAAGCAAGAACAAGCCGCACGUGAAGAGACCCAUGAACGCCUUCAUGGUGUGGGCGCAGGCGGCGCGGAGGAAACUCGCCGACCAACAUCCACACCUGCACAACGCCGAGCUCAGCAAGACCCUGGGGAAGCUCUGGAGGCUUCUCAAUGAGAGCGACAAGCGACCCUUCAUUGAGGAGGCAGAGAGGCUGAGGAAGCAGCACAAAAAGGACUAUCCAGACUAUAAAUAUCAGCCACGACGCCGCAAGAAUGGAAAGCCUGGUUCUGGGUCAGGAAGUGAGGCUGAUGGACACUCGGAGGGUGAGGUCAGCCACAGCCAAUCCCACUACAAGGGGCUCCACCUGGAAGUGGUCCACAGUGGGGGAGCUCGGUCCCCUCUGGCAGAUGGUCACCACCCUCACGCUGCAGGUCAGAGUAACAGUCCUCCCACACCUCCCACCACUCCCAAGACCGAGCCUCAGUCUGGGAAGGCAGGGGAUGGAAAACGGGAGGGUGCUGCAAAUGGUGGCUCACGUAGCGCAAUGGGAGCAGAGGGAAGCUUAGGUGCUCAGGGAUCUGGGAAACCUCACAUCGACUUUGGUAAUGUGGACAUUGGUGAGAUUAGCCACGAGGUGAUGGCCAACAUGGAGCCUUUUGAUGUUAAUGAGUUUGACCAGUACCUUCCCCCCAAUGGACACCCGGGGGUUGGGCAAAUUGCUGGGGCAGGAGCAGCUGCAACAGCCUCUCCAGCCUCGCCGUACACCUACGGCAUCUCCUCAGCUCUGGCAGCGGCCAGUGGACACUCAGCAGCCUGGCUCUCCAAGCAGCAGCAGCAGCAGCUGCAGCAGCAUCACAGCUCCCCUCUGGGCUCAGAUCCCUCCAAGGCCCAGAUCAAGAGCGAGGCCGGAGGUGCUGGGGCUCACUUCGCAGAGGCAGCCUCAGGAGGUUCCCAUGUCACCUACACCUCCCUCAGCCUUCCUCACUACAGUUCUGCCUUUCCCUCAUUGGCCUCCAGGGCCCAGUUUGCUGAAUAUGCUGACCACCAGGCCUCAGGGUCAUACUACGCCCACUCCAGCCAGGCCUCUGGGUUGUACUCUGCCUUCUCUUACAUGGGGCCCUCACAGAGGCCCCUGUACACUGCCAUCACUGACCCAGCCAGCGUACCGCAGUCACACAGCCCCACGCAUUGGGACCAGCCCGUCUACACAACACUGUCGCGGCCAUGACAGACAACGAGACCAGAGGGCACUGGUGCAGGUUCAGCCCCCAUGUCAGACCCAAGGAGCAGCAGCAACAACAACAGCAGUAUUGGUGGUAUCGGCAGGGAAAGUGGUCUGGGCUGGGGGGAUUGGGCAGGCACUUGGGGAGUCGGCUGGGGAGGCAGCGGGGGAGAAACCCCAUUCUGCUCUUGCCUAGAGGCAGAAAUGCCACAUAGCUCAAAGAUGAGCUUGUAGCAUGGUGCUUUUGAAGCAUGGGUGAUUAUCUGGGGCACAGAGCAUAGUAAUCAGAGAAUUACUUUGGUGGCGCAGAGGUAAAACACCCACCCACCACCACCACCACCACCACCGCAGAGUUCCAGGUUAGAUGCCUCUGGAGCUCCACACCACACAAUUGGCUGUGUUCAUAAGUGAGAAAACACCAAGUCCCUGUCAGUUUGGUGACUCCAUGUGUAACAGAAGACGCACGUUGAAGUCCACACCCCUCUCCCACUGGCCACAAUGGGUCAGUAGCAACAGGGACCAUUGUACACACUGAGAAUUUGAAAGAUCUGAAGGUUGUGACUGAGAGGGAGCCAAAUCCAUUCUAUAUGAAAUGGAAUGAUUUUUUUGUUUUGUACCUGAAGAAUGGAGUGCUAAACUGUUUGGCUGUGGCCCAUUCACUUCUCAGGCAAGACUGACCUUUUUUAUCAAACAGAUUUUGUUGGUUUUUUUUGCUUUUGGAAAACAAUACAACAAAUACUAAUAAUAUUCUGAUGGUUUCUGAGGCACAUUUGUCCCUAUUUAAUUCAAAUGAUUAUGUGUUCACUUAAAAUGCCUUUUCUACACACAACAGAUCUGCAUGGAAGAAAAAUGCCAUACAACCAUGUUGAGGUUUUGCUAAAUGUGUAUUUCGUUGCAAUUUUCAUGAUGACUGACUAUUAUCUGGAUAGUUUAUACUAUGUACUUGACAAUGACAAAUGUAUGUAUAUUGAUGCAUUCAGAUUUGAGAUAUUUGUUAGAACAACCAAAGUUUUGAGACCAAAACUUAUAAAGAAGAAACUGAUUUUACAGAUGUUUCGCCCAACAUGACACUCAAAACUACCUUAUAUUUUGUAGCUACUUAGUUUUCUCUUAUAAAUACAGACAAUAGACAGAUAAAGACAAUUGUAUUGAUACAUGGAUAAUACAUUUUGUCAUGGUAUACAUAAUAGAAGCAUUUUCAUUGUUUUAACAAGUGACUUUAUUAAUGUUGUCAAAUGCUUUUUGCCAUUAUUAUCUCCACUGGAAGUCUGCACCACUGCCUUUUCUUUUCCUUUGUGUGUCAUUCAAAAUGUGUAUAUAGAACAAUAUUCAGUGUGAAAUGUCAGAUCUUUUGAUUGUAGCUUUACAAAAAAGCAUUUCUCAGACAGUCUCAAGGUGAGAUAUGCCAAUGCUGAGAAACAAUUGCCUGAUAUUGAGUAAGUAAAUCUUCCAGAAGAUAAUAUGUUCUAACACAGCCUAAUAUUACAUAUUUAUGCCUUGUCCUUAAUCAUACCUUCAUGCACGAGGAGCGUGCAUGAAACAACUGGUAUUUUAUGUUGAAUCUUCUUUAAUUUGUUUGUGUCUUUCCCACUUUUUUGACUAUUAGUUAAUCUGUAAUUAGUUUCAAGUCUCACUCUCAUUUCUCAUCUCUCUUUGGACUUUAUGGUUCACUGUGUCACAUGUAUUUUCUGUUCCUCAUCCCUUAACAGAAUUUUGAGUAUCUUAUGCCUGUUCCUUAUGGGUUACAUGCAAUAUGUUUGGAAUUCCCAUUACAGUUGCCAUCUGGAAAAUUGACAAAAAAGUAAAAAUAAUUUAAUUUGCUUUGUUUAAAAACAAAUAAAAAUACUUUAUUCAAAUGUUUUUCAUCACUACUGGACACAGAUGCUCACCCUAUGCAUGCAGCACUGCUUUUGUUUUAAUUCAUUUGAAGCUUAAAGCCCAUUUGUAUUUAAACACUGACCUCCAGCACAAGAUGCAGAGUUCAUAUUACAUCCUUUUUGCUAUAUGUGAAAUAUCUGUAAUAUUGCUAUGAAUUUUACAUUUCUUAUUUAAAUUUGUGUUAUGUUUGUGUGUGCUGUUAUUUGUUUCUCUCCUUUAUGAAGAAAAUGUUUGACUGUUACUGCCAUUUUAGUAUUUCACAUUUCCCAUUCUUGCAUAACUGCUGCCAGCACAGCGACACAACUUCAAAAUAACAGCAGGAGCAAAAACCUAAACAUGCAAUGAUGACUAACUGUCUUUUACUCUCACUUGAAAUAAAGCUCUAUAAUCUCUGCUUUAAAAAAA